UUGUCGUCGCGAUGCCUUCAAUUGAUACUUCGUUUCAUACCCUAUCUCAAGGCCGAUUUCGAAAAGCAGUUAUCUGCUGGCAAGCAGAAUCAAUUAAGACAUGUUACUCAUAUUAUGCGGUUAGAAACAUUCGAGAAAUAUUAUUGUUAUGUACAAUUUGAGGAUUACAAUGAUCAUAUCGAUGAAAUCGUUAACAAAUUGAUCAGCGUCAUUGAACAUCAUACAGUUGCGCAAUUGCAACAAUGGGAGCCGAAAGGAUCUGUUCCGUCAGCGGCGUUUCAACAGAUCUCCAAACAACUGGGCAAAUUUUACGGGGGUCUGACGGGUAUUAUGCCAGAGGAAAUGAUACAGGUGAAAUGGAUUUGGUUAUGUAGUUUUGCAAAAUUUGAUGGUAGGAAAAUGAAACUGGGUUAUUCGAUAAGAGUUUGA